AUGUGGGAAGACUUUUUGUCAAGAUUUCAUACUGGUGAGAAAUCUUGUAAAUGUAAGGAAUGUGGGAAGUCCUUUAGUACCUUUUCGUACCUUGUUCAACAUCAGAGAACUCACACUGUUAAGAAAGUCUAUGAAUGUAAAGAAUGUGGGAAGGCUUUUAUUAGAGGCUCAGGCUUCGUUAAACAUGGGAGAAUUCAUACUGGCGAGAAACCAUAUGAAUGCAAGGAAUGUGGGAAGACCUCUGGUAGUAGCUAAUUUACUGUACAUCAGAGUAGUCAUACUGCUAAGAAAGCUUAUGAAUGUGGGGAAUGUGGAAAAGCUUUUUAUAGUAGCUCAUACCUUGUUCAACAUCAAAGAAUCCAUAGCGGUGAGAAACCCUAUGAAUGUAAGAAAUGUAGGAAAGCUUUUAUAGUGUAUGGAAAACUUCUUCAGCAUCAGAGUAUUCAUACUGAAAAACCUUUCGUGUGUAAAGAAUGUAGGAAGGCCUUUAGUACCUUCUCAUACCUUGUUCAACAUCGGCGAAUUCAUACUGGUGAGAAACCGUAUGAAUGUAAAGAAUGUGGGAAGGCCUUUAGUAGUAGCUCACCCCUUGUUAAACAUCAGAGAAUUCAUACUGGUGAGAAACCUUAUGAAUGUAAGGAAUGUGGAAAGGCCUUUAGACUUAGUUCAUUUCUUAAUGCACCUCAGAGAAUUCAUGCAGGGGUAAAGCCCUAUGAAUGCAAGGAAUGUGGGAAAGCCUUUAGUCGUGCCUCAUACCUUGUUCAACAUGAAAGACUUUAUACAGGUGAGAAACCCUAUGAGUGUAAGGAGUGCAGCAAGGCUUUUAGUGCUGGCUCAUACCUUGUUCAACAUCAGAGGAUUCAUACUGGUGAGAAACCCUACGAAUGUAAGGAAUGUGGAAAGACCUUUCGAGUACAUGUACAUGUUACACAGCAUCAGAAAAUUCAUGUUGAUGUGAAACCCUAUAAAUGUAAGGAAUGUGGAAAAACAGUUGUGCCUCAUACCUUGUACAACGUGGCAGAAUUCAUACUGUUCAACAUCUGA